AUGGGUUCAAGUACGAGGAAAAAGAAUCAAAAGGCCAAGGACUUUGCGAAACCAAAGUUCAAGGUUGGAAAGGCCAAGGUCAAGCCAUCCAACUUCACAGACACGAGCUUCCAGACAAAGUCCAUUGUGAUGGGCAAGCAAUCCCUCUCAACAGAAGCCCCUGACGUCGGAAUCCAAUUCAAGCACCAACUUUCCCUUGCUUCGACCUCGAGGUCGGACAAGCAGCGUAAAGAGGCCCUUGCACAUCUGACAAGCCAAGUAGACUCCGACAACAAUCCAGUUGGAACCGCAACCAUUCUGAACAAGCUGCUGCCCCUCAUCUCCGAUUCCUCGGGCCCUGUCCGCAGCCAGCUUCUCAAGCUCUUCCGUGCCCUGCCUGAAUCCGAGGUCAGUCACCACGCCGAGAAGUGCAUAAUGUACAUCCGCGCUGGAAUGACGCAUCUAUCCGCCGAUAUUAGCAACGAUUCUUUGUCUGUGCUUGAGUGGCUUCUCGAUGUGGCCGAGGACGAGACUGUAAGCUGCCCCGGAGGUUGGGUCAAAACGCUCAACAGCUUUUGCGCGCUGAUGGGAUGGUCUGUGAAGUCGAGCACAGGGUGGACAAGCGCACCCAAAACAGGGUUGAGAUCCAAAGACUCACAGUCGCACGCGAGGCAGAUUGGUGUGUUGACUAGGUUCCUGAAGGCGGGACUUAAACCUGAGGUUGCUAUCCCAAGCAAUCCAAACGCUUAUUACGACAACAUGUGCCGUGUGCCAAGGGCGCCGAAUCCGUUUGCGUAUCUCAACCUUUUCGGCACACGCCGCGAUGAGGAUGCUGAGAUGUAUAACGACCGCGAGUCUCGGCAGCGUGUCUUCCACAAAAGGUUUUUGGAAUCAUUCAACCGCGGCGUGGACCAGGCCAAAAAGGAGGGCGGCGCUACUGGGCGAUCUGCGGUUGCGUUAGAUCAAGCUCUGAAAGAGGAUAUAGGUGGAUAUGAGCCAACUUCGGCCGUCGACCCCCAGGAUCUUCUCGACUUGUGGUGA